GACACGCCUGCACCUUGUAUUUUGGACAAAGUUCAUAAAGGUUACUGCAUAAUUUUUCUCCAAAAUGCAUGCGUGAUUGUUUUUGGAUAACGGUACCGUCCGUUUCAAUACACUGCAGUGUGUUUCUAACACUUGUACGCUUUCUUUGAUAUUUUGGGGAACGGACAGCACAACGUUUCAAAGAACGCUGUGCCAGGAACCAUUGGAUAAAUGUGAUCAGCAUGUUAGUCAAGGACAUUUUGCACUGCAACCGAGGUGUGAAGAGGCAUUGCUACCCAGCACAGAUGAAACCGAAUCGAUUGACUAAAACCCCCUUAUAGUUGUAGCUUGAUUUACUAAAACCCCCUUAUAGUAGUAACUUUCCACUAUUAUAUCUUUGUUAUUCCUGUGCGUUUUCCAGUGUGUGUUUGCUAUACCUGUGGCCGGUGGUACCUGAAGCCUGUCUCCUGUCUGGGUGUGCGUCUUUUCGCGCUCAGACAUUUCCCUGCGCUGCCCGACUGGCGUUGCUAUAGAGCAACCCUACGCCGUUUCACCCUAUUUCACCCUGGGCAGGAAUCGGAUCCAUCCGUGUGGGGACAGAAGUGCAAAGUUGGACGCUAAUCGCCAGGCACCGUGCGUUCGAGAGCGGGAUCUUUCGACUUUGAGGGACUGGAGAGAGGGCUCAAACCAAAAAGGCAGAUUGGCAGGUGGCCCGAACUGAGCCAAUGACAGGCGGAGAGGAGUCUUAACGUCGGGCAGACUUGAGUCCAGCCAAAAUAGGCUGUCAACAUAGAACAAAGUGGAGGCUACCCACACACACAUACACGGAUGAGAGCCCAGGCCGCCGGCUUGUGGACGACGCCAAGUGGCGGCUUCCCCUCCACGUCUAUAAGGAGCCUAGCCAUGGCGAGCCUGCUCCUGUUCCUGGCACUCUUCGCUACGCCCGUCGCCUCCAUGCUGUGCCCCAAGCGCUGCACCUGCCAGAACCUCAUGCCCUCCUACACUGUCCUCUGCACCAAGACAGGUCUGCUCUUCGUGCCGCCGAACAUUGACCGGCAGACGGCCGAGCUGCGCCUCAUGGACAACUUCAUCACCACCCUUCGUCACCGUGACUUCGCCAACAUGAGCAGCCUCAUCCACCUGACGCUGUCGCGCAACACCAUCAGCCAGAUCAAGCCGUACGCCUUCGCCGACCUUCAGGACCUGCACGCCCUCCACCUGGACGCCAACCGGCUCACCAUGCUGGACGACACCCACUUCCAGGGCCUGGUCAACCUCAGGCACAUGAUCCUUGCCAACAACCAGCUGCACAGCAUCUCAGAGGGGGCCUUCCAGGACUUCCUGGAGACCCUGGAAGACCUGGACCUGUCCUACAACAACCUGGUGAACAUCCCCUGGGAGACCAUCGGCCUGCUGGCGAGUGUCAACACUCUCAGUCUGGACCACAAUCUCAUAGAGAUGGUCCCCGAGGGCAUCUUCUCCAACCUGCACAAGCUGGCGCGUCUAGACAUGACCUCCAACAAGCUGAAGAAAAUCCCUCCAGAUCCCCUGUUCCUGAGGAUCCCAGUGUACGCUAAGCUGAAGGGUUCUCCACUCACGUCCCUGGUGCUGAGCUUUGGUGGGAACCCGCUGCACUGUAACUGUGAGCUAAUGUGGCUGAGGAGGCUGACCAGGGAAGAUGACCUGGAGACAUGCGCCUCUCCCCGAGAGCUCGCCGGCAAGUAUUUCUGGACUAUCCGCGAGGAGGAGUUUGUGUGCGAGCCGCCCAUGAUCACGCGGCACACCUCCAAGAUGUUUGUGAUGGAGGGUCAGGAGGUGAGCCUACGCUGUAAGUCAGUGGGUGACCCGGAACCAUCCACGCAUUGGGUCAGCCCAGAGGGGAAGCUGAUCGGGAACACGUCCCGCACCAUCUGCUACGAGAACGGCUCUUUGGACAUCCUCACCACCACUGUGAAGGACUCUGGGAAGUUCACCUGCAUUGCCUCCAAUGCCGCUGGCGAGGCCACAGCGCCGGUGGAGCUGGUGGUUAACCCCUCGCCACACUUUGACCCCAAGCUGGAGCCCGAGCCUGGCCCUUCGGACAUCCCCACCUCCAUCAAGUCCAAUGCCAGCGGGGGCCACGCCCGCACCGACCAUCAGAGGGUCAGCGUGUCGGAGCUGAGCUCGACCUCGGCCACCAUCCGAUGGCCCCCUCAGGACCACAUCCCGGGGGUCCGCAUGUACCAGAUCCAGUACAACAGCUCCUCCGACGACAUCCUCAUAUACAGGAUGAUCCCUGCGUCUCAUAAGUUCUUCCUACUCAGUGACCUGGCCUCUCAGCGGGACUAUGACCUGUGUGUGCUGGCGGUGUACGACGACGGCGUCACGGCUCUAACCGGCACCCGCCUGGUGGGCUGCGUGGCUUUCACCACAGAGCGAGAGUACCGCCAGUGCCGCUCCCUCCACGACCAGUUCCUGGGCGGCACCAUGAUCAUCGUGAUCGGCGGUAUCAUCGUGGCCUCCGUGCUUGUCUUCAUCUUCAUCCUCCUCAUGAAGUACAAGCUGCACAGCAACCACUACAAGCAGAAAGCGGCACAUGUCAGCAACGUGUGCUCUCAGACCAACGGGGGCCAGGCUGCGGGCGGGGGAGGCGCUCCCAUCCCACCCACCUCCUCGUCCUCAGGCUCGACCAAUAGGCCCAUGCCUUCUGGCCAAGUGGACAGGGUAGGGCACGACGGACCCCAUCAGGCCUCGGAAGGGGGCUUCGGAGGGCCCUUGAAAGGGACCACGGUAGUGGACUUGAACCCAGACUACGGGAAGUCAGUGAAGGACGAGGAUGCUAUAUCACAAUAACACAGGAUCUGGGACUGCCCCAACGCCACCCACUUUUUAUUUCCUGGUGCUGGGGUCCCUCUGCCUUACCAAGGAUUAUCUCGUGUUCAAGAUAUCCCAGUUCUGGAGUGGGUUUGGAUCUGGCCCAUACUAUUCUAGCACACCAUCUUACCCUCCUUACUUUCCUGUGUCUCUUCACUGUCUAAAAGGAACUGGUAGGUGCAGCCACCUAGCCAGAUGUGAUAUUCAUAUCUACAGACUUGUACCCCCUUGGGUCAGGUAAGACAUAUGGAAACUUUCCAGGUAUUCUUAGCUCAGGUGAGAGGUUCGUGCACUGAUUCCUGUGUCCUGUCUCUUCCAGAUUUGCACAUCACCCAUGCUCGUCCUCUGAGGUGGAGGGGUGGAGAAUGGAAAGGUGAAGUCCCCCUGGUUCAAGGAAGUUGGAAAACACAAAAUAAUAAAUAUGAAGCCAAGAACAGCAUUGGGAGUAGAGAUGGGGUGGAUGCCAUGGAAUCGCUGUGCUCUGUCACUUAUGCAAUUCUAUCCGGAACUGGGACGUAAUCCAGCCCUGUGGAGUGGAGGGAAAUAUAUUCCAAAACCUGGGGCUUCUUUUAAUGCGUGAGGAAUGAAUUGACCUUAACCCAGACGCCUAACAUUCCUUUCGGAAUACUUUUUGGGAUUCCCAUUGAAAUUGCCUACUACAGAGGAACACCCUUGGAUGGUUUUGAUGAUGUGUUGUGGGUUCCAUAAUAAAGCUCCACUCUCCCUUAACGAUCGGUCAUUUGCCAAAGGAAUACAGUAAGAGGAAAAGGCGAUACAGUGUUUUGUUUUCCUCCCCGAGGGCCUUGGGAGUGUUAGCACACAGCGAUGUCGCGUCGAUGCACCAAUAUCAAACGGUUGUUCUUUGAUCUCUAGGGCACUUUAUAAUCUUUAUAAUCCUCUCUCGCUCUCUCUUUCUCUACUCCCCCCCCCCCCCCUCCCUCUCGCUCUCUGUCUAUAUGGACAAUUGAAUAGUAUAUUCAUCAAUUAAGAGAUCAAAUACAUCCAUUUUGGAUGAUGGUGAAAAAAAGAUCAUAUUAUUUGGCCAUGGAUAUCCCAACUUGGAAUAAAACAUGGGCUCUCAUGAUGAGGUCAAAAUAAGAACCUGGAUCUGGUUUGGUUUUAUUACAUGAACUUACAGCACAAGUAUUACAUUUUGGUUUGAUGGUGAAAUGGUGAGUUAAGUUUCAUUCUGACACAAGAAACUGACCCUAUUGUAUAACACUUUCCAAUUGAAAAGAUGGACACAGAUCAAAUACAAUGUUCCCCUUACUGUUGACUGUGUACGUAUUUGUAUGUGAGAUAUACCUUCAAUUUUCUCUGAUUUGAUACCCAUAUUUCCUUUGAAUUAUGAAACAACAAUAAGAAAAAAAUACGUGAGAUGGAAUUGUAUGCUUUCAUAGGUAAAAUAUGUGGAUUUAUAAAGAAAUAAAAUUAUUUUUCUUGAA